AUGGAGUGGUGGGCCUGGUUGUUCUUUUUGAUUGGUUGCUUGUCAACGCUCUUCGUCAUUCAUAAGACUUUAAAAUUCAUGCUUUCAAUCGUUUGGCCGUUUUUCUUGGGGCCUCGCAUCGAUUUGAGAAGACGAGCUGGUGCUGAUUGGGCUGUGAUAACCGGAGCCACUGAUGGAAUUGGCCAAGCCUAUGCGUUUGCUCUCGCCGAGAAAGGAUUCAAGCUCUUUUUGGUCUCUCGAACUGAGGAACGACUGGAGGCGACGAAAGAGAAGAUCGUACAAAAGCACAAGGUAGAAAUCCGAACUUUCACUUUCGAUUUCACAGCAGAAACCCUUGAAGAGUACAUGCCUUUGUUACGGGCCUUAGAAUCCCUCGAAGUGGGGAUAUUGGUGAACAAUGUUGGAAUGAGUUAUGAUUAUCCUGAUAAACUCCACAAAAUCUUCGGUGGUAUUUCAAAGGUGCACGCGAUGCUUCACAUCAACAUUCAUCCACCAACUUUGCUUUGCAUGGCCGUGUUACCCCAAAUGAUCACUCGGAUGAGCGGUGUUGUGAUCAAUAUCGGUUCAGCCUCCGCAAAUCACACAAUGGCGCUAUGGGGAGCAUAUUCAGCCGCCAAGAAAUACGUGGAAUGGUUGACGAAAAUUUUGCAAAAGGAAUAUAAAUCUUAUGGAGUCACGAUUCAAUGUGUGACACCAAUGAAAGUCGCCACAAAGGCCAGCCAUGCUGAAAAAUCAUUGAUCGCACCGGAUCCAAAGAGUUUCGUUGCGUAUGCAUUGCGAUCGGUGGGAUUGGCUACGAUAACCACUGGUCAUCCCGGGCAUCAGUUACAAUCUUUAAUCUUCUCAAUGCCGGAUUGGUUUCUCGAUUUUUUCAUCGGUGCCACUUCAAGAAAUAUGCAAGAAGAGGGGAUGAAAAGGAUCUCACAACAUAGAAAU